AUGCGUGGAAAACCACAAAGCUCGGUUCGGCGUGGUGCGCAACAACGUCAAGGCCUAGGGAUCGGUACACCACUACGAAUUCGCGGAAGAGGCAAUCGAGUAUGGCGAGGUGGCCUACCCUAUGGAAAUGUGCAAUUAAACAACGAUCAUACUGGCGGAUCUGCAACAGCAUCAACUCCGAAGAAUAACGCUUCAACCAAUCCACCAGUAUGGCAACGAACUAGUGGUGGCAAUAUUUCCUUGACCCGGGGUGGUGCAAAUCGUAAUAGACCUUAUAAUAUGACUUGGAAAGGAAAUACUGGUAGUCGUGGAAGACGAGGACGCGAAAUGAUUGCACAAGAUGAAGAAAUGCAACAGUACGAGGAUACUGGAGAGAUGCAACAAUACGAGGAUACUGGUGGAAUGAAGGAAUUGCCAGACCCGAAUGUACAUGAGGAGGCAGUUAUAAAGUUUUUGGAGAAAUUUUUCAGGGAAUAUAAUCACACAUGUGCGCGUUGUCGGGCAGCUGAUUUUUUCUACUCGUAUCCAGUUCCACUUCAAUCGGAUCGUAAAAUUAUAUUUGAAUCAGAGGAAGAACAAGAGACACCAUCUAUUUCGCCUAUUUUUAAUGACAGUUUUAACAACAAUAAUAAUAAUUCUCCGGCACAACAUAGUCCAUUCCCAAUACCAUCAUCGCUCAAUCAACAAAUACCGAAUUUCUUUCAAAGUCACCUUUCUAAAUUAGAAACACCAUCCACAUUUAUCCCAUCACCAAAUCUAUUUUCAUCACAAAAAGAUCCCGCGACUUUACAAAAUACCCCACAAGAUUCUCCAAUUGUCACAAAAGCACCGCAAAAAAAACCUGUAAAAACUGUAAGUUUUGUAUUCCAUGAAGAUAAAGGAAAAAGAUGUUUACCGGUCGAUUCUGAGUCCGCGAGUAAAAAGAAGGUAUGCCUAUCAUCUGAAUCAGUUGAUGAAAAUGUCAAAGUUAGAAAGAGAUCGUUUGACGAUGAAUCGGACUCGAAAAAAGAGAACAAAGACAAAGGAAAAGAAGUGGAAGUUCCAGCAGAGUCGAUUCAGCCGACAAAGAAAAAAGUGCAAAAGAUACAAACCAAACCAAAAAAACAAAGUCGACCAUGGCAAGAGAUUAACGUUGAUUAUGAGUGGAUCAACAGCAAUUUCAAAUUACGUGGUUCCUUCUGUAACUGGGAUGAAUCAAAGUGCAUGAAUCCGAACUGCAAUACACAUCAAAUACAACAACCAUUCUGGCUCACAAAGAUGUUUAAGGAAGGACCCAAAAAAUUCAUAUUCUAA